AUAUAGUGAAUGUGGUAUUAGGUAAACAAUAUGUAAACAAAUUUAGAUAUAUAUGUAUAUAUAUAUACGAUUUGUUAAUGAAGUACAAUAAAAAGUAUUUCUUACUUCUGCCUCAAUGAAGAUACAAUUGUUGUGCCAUUGCAAACCAACUUCACUUUGUGUUUACUCUAUUUGAAAACAAUAUACCGAGCUUUCUGUAUGGAAGUGCGUUUGUUAUUUGCCAAUCUUUUGAAAAAUAAACUGAUGUUUUAUUUAUAUGUAAAUAAAUAUUAUUUUCGCUGUGCUGAUGACAAUGUACAAUGUUACGACUUUAAUUCUGGAUUGAACUGGGAUUAUUUUUAAUGAGAAAACAUUUGAAAGCUGAAAUUAAAAGAAAUGAGUCACGUUUUAAAAACAAUUUCCAUUAGAGGCGAGGAAGGCCCUAUAGUUGAUUUUACACUAACUGAUAGUGUAGUAAAAUCGGAAACAACUACUGAAUUUAAUAUGGUAGAUUUAAGCAAUGAUACUUCAGAAGAAGAUUGUACUCAAGAACAGAAAUGCGGUAAUUGUUAUAAGUCGUUUAGACGAUUUAGCGAGCUUGAAAAACAUUUAAACUUGUGUCACUUGAAUACUGGGUUCCACCUACCAAAUAUAGAAAUGAUGACAAAUAUUGAGAAAAUCGAAGAGGAUGCAGUUAAUAUGGAGCGGGACAAUAUAUGCUUUUGCUGUGGCGAAAGUUAUGAUACAUUUCAUUUGGGUCCAAUAAAAUGUUCUGGUUGUACAAAAUCUUUUAAAACUUCAAUUAGCUACGAGCGACAUAUUUUCAUAACUCAUUCGGAAUCUGACGCAUUUCCUUGCACUACAUGUAAUGCAAAAUUACGAACAGUUAACCUUUUGAAGUUGCAUGAAAAACAACAUGAGAGAUAUGGAGAAAAUCGCGUUGUUUGUGAUUUUUGUGAGAAGAAAUUUCCAUCAUUAAGUGCAUUAAAAGAUCAUCGUCGUUCUCAUACUGGUGAAAAACCUUACUCAUGUACUGAAUGUAAUCGAAGCUUUUCUGUUAAGGAGUCACUCAAUCGUCAUAUGAGGCGACAUACUGGUGAAAAACCUUUUACAUGCACUGAAUGUAAUCAAAGCUUUUCUCAUAUGAAUACACUUAAAUGUCAUAUGACGCGGCAUACUGGUACAAAAUUAUUUGCGUGUACUGAAUGUAAUAAAAGUUUUGCAGUUAAGCAUGCUCUCAAGUAUCAUAUGAGGCGACAUACUGGUGAAAAACCUUAUCUAUGCAAUCAAUGUAAUCAAACUUUUGCUCUAAAACAUGCACUUACUCGUCAUAUGAAAACACAUACUGGCGAAAGGCCCUACAAGUGUAAUGAAUGUAAUCAGAGUUUCACUGCUAAACGUUCACUCCAUGAUCACAUGACGCGUCAUACCGGUGAAAAACCACACAAAUGCACUGAAUGUAACAAAAGCUUUUCUAUUAAGAGUUCACUCUAUCAUCAUAUGAAGAGACAUGCUGCUGAAAAACCACACGUUUGCAAAGAUUGUGGAAAACGUUUCAUACGUGCCCUUAAUCUAGACUAUCAUAGCAAAACUCAUGCACGUCCAUUCGCUUGCGAUCAAUGUAAAGAAAAAUUCAAAACCAAUAAGGAACUUAAGAAACAUAUCAGAAUUCAUUCAUCUAAAAGCAAGGAUAAAAAUGAAUCCCAAGAGCAUAAAUUUAAAUGCAAAGAAUGUAAAACGAUGUAUGCGACAAAGGAAGAACUCAAAACUCAUUAUAAUAUGGAAGUACAUAAAACCAAACACAAUACGAAGAAACAAAAAGGCUCUGUGACUCGUCAUAAAGAAUUCACAUCAAUUAAAAAAGAUUCUGAGACUAAUCGAAGUACUAAAAAUUCACCAAAAUUAGAACUAAAUAAUUCUGUGUCUUCGCUAACAAAGAUUUACAGACUUGAUGAUUUAAACGAACUUCCAAUUAAAAAUGUUUCAACUAAUAAUAAUAUAAUGUCACCAACAAAAUAUUCAUCAAUGGAAGAUAAGGUUAUUUCACAUUUUUCGAAAGAUGAAGAAAUGCCAAGAAAUGUUCUAACGAUAGAAAACAAAAGUAUUGAAACGGAACCAACAGUUAUUAUUCCUCACAAUCUAGUUGGUGCGAUAACAAAAAAUGAAAUUUUGUUUGAAAAUGACACUCCUAAACAAGAAUUUAUAGAAGAAGCAGUAAAUGAAAGAAGUACUGUGGUUAGGGAGUAUUCUACAAUAAUAAUAGACAACGAGACUACAAAAAUAGAGCUAAGGGCUACUAUUCCUGAUACUCUAAUUGAUCCAGUUAUAAAUGAUUGUGCUAUAUUCGACGAUGGUGUUGAUGAGAAAGAAUAUAAAAAAAAUGAAUUAUCUGAAGGUAGUACAGAAAAUUUAUUUUUAGGAAUCGAACAGUACUCUGUUAUAACGAUAGAAAAUGAAACUAUUAAAAAGGAGCCAGAAAUUAGUAUUCUUGAAACAGAGACUAGUACAGUUAUAAAUGAUGGACCUACAAUCGAAGGUGAUAGUGAUCCACAAAAGUUAAUAGCAAAUAACUUAACUGAAACAACCACACAGAAUUUAUUGAUCAACAAUGAAUUACCGGCUUUGAAAGUUCCUAAAAAUAUGCAGAAAGAAAAACAACUUAUUGCUUGUGAUUUUUGUGAAAAGAAAUUUCCGAAUAUGAGCUCGCUGAAAAAUCAUCGUGUUUCUCAUACUGGUGAGAAACCUUACACGUGUACUGAAUGCAAUAAAAAAUUUGCUGUUAAGCAUGCUCUUAAGUAUCAUAUGAUGCUACAUACUGGUGAAAAACCCUACACAUGUACUGAAUGCAAUAAAAGUUUUGCUAUAAAGCAUGCUCUCAAGUUUCAUAUGAGGCGACAUACUGGUGAAAAACCCCACGUAUGCACAGAAUGUAACAGAAGCUUUACUGUUAAGCAUGCACUCAAACGUCAUAUGAAGAUACACACUGGCGUAGGGUUGUACGAAUGCACUGAAUAUUUUGAGACACGUUUGGAAAAUUUGCGUCAGAAAUGGGACGCAUUUGAAGACAACAAUGAUAAUCUGAUGAAGAAUUUGAAGCCUGAUCAUGAAUAUAUCACAAAAAAUUACUAUGGCCAGUUACAACAAAGACGGAAUGAAAUCGAAAAUCGAUUUAAUAAUGAAUUGGAAAUAAUAAGGCAAAUUGAGCAAAAGGAAGCUCAAGUUUCAAGGCAUCAAGUUAUAAGAGGGCAAGAAGAAGCUCUGUCACUAAGGAAUCAAGACAUAAGUAUCAAUGACGAAGUCACCAUCACCGGGCCAUGUGAUAUUACGAACAAACGUUUAGCAAUCUUAAGUACAAGUCUGUUGCAGAUCAAAGAGACAAUAGACUUAACGAAAAGUAUUGAAACGUUACAGUUCAAAUUGGAGAAAUUGAAGAAUUGUUGGGCAAAGAUCUCACAAUUAAACGAUGAAUCUCUGUUUAACAAUGAUGAAAUAGACCAAGGAGAUUUCAUUCAACUGGAAUCGAUAUACGAAGAAGUAUAUAUCCAGUUACAAGAAGAACUGAACGUUCGCAGUCAAAACGUUUCAGAAACUAGAACAACCGAAUUGUUCGACCGGUUAGUUCAACAAAGCCAUAAUCUAGUGGAUGUAGAAAGAAUGCAGUACUUAAAAGGAAGUCUACGGGGAGAAGCCGCCAGACUUAUCAAUCAUUUAACAAUAACAGCGAACAAUUAUACAGCGGCAGUUGAACUACUGAAACAAAGAUACAACAAUCCAGCAAUACUUGUGGACAAUCUUAUCAAUAAGUUAUUGUCGCUCAGAGCUAUAAGAAACGAGAAUGCACAGGAUUUAAAAACAGUAGUGGAUUCUUCUAGAGAAGUGUUAUAUGGUAUACGUAAUUUAAAUGUGGACACGUCAAGUUGGGAUCCACUAAUAAUACAGAUACUGCUUCCAAAAUUAGAUGGUGAAACCAGAAAAUUAUACCAACAUUCAAGAGGGGCAUCAACACAAAUACCAAAAUUGAGCAGCUUAUACGAGUUUAUCGAGAGCAGAAAUUCACGCCAGGAAAAUGGUCGCAUAUUGCAGUUAGCAGAUCCUUGGUAUGCUGAACCAAAGGAAAUACAAUGUACAAAUACAAUACAAAGUAGAAGAAAGGCAUUGUGA